UGAACCGUCCGCGAUGUAAUAGAUUGUUUUUAAACCUCAACAAAAAAAAUAAAAGCAAAAAAAAAAAAGAAAAAAAAAAGAAAAGAAAGAAUCUGUGUUCGUCGAGGAGAAAUGCAAAACAGCUUGAUGACAGACCCGUGAUGUGUAGACCAAAUGCUGUAAAUGUGUCAAAACCGCUUUUAUUCUGCAUGCAUAGUUUUGAGUUUUUGACCCACCAAAUGUUCGACUGUAUGUCACUGCCAAGAUGCUAUCCUAAAAGAAGCCACCUCUGCUUAUUCACUCUUAGUUUUCUUUUGAUUGCCUUCCUCUUCUUAUUUUCCCAGUGUGAGUCUCCUUGCUGAUUACGUCCCGUCCGUGGUUUUUAACUACUGUUAAGCCUUUCUCCUAUGUUCUUAUCUGCACCCGACAGCUGUUUCUUUUCUUUCUUUCUUUUUUUUUUCUCCCUUUUCUAGUUUUUGUUCUUGAUGUGGAUACUCUGUGACAGAAUUGGGUCUAGUUUUUUUUGCAUUAGAUGGCGCUCUGUUCCAGAUGGAUGCCAAACUAUCAAGCUACCUUCCCGUAUUCAUUGUCGCAGUUGGAGCAGGUUCAGAAAUCAUCAAAGCAUGCCAGUGCCAUCCGGCAAGAUGGGCAAUGGAAGGACUCCGUGUUUCGUGCGGAAUAAAUAUGCUUUAUCUGUAGUAGGUAGAAAUCAUCAGCUGCCAAGCAUUGAUGAUGAUUUUGAUCAGGAGCCCUUCUGGUCAAAUGUGUUAAAGAAAUCUUUCUGGGCUCUGAAGUCUCUAAGUAGAUUUCUUGUUGAGCAGCCAAGUCAGUUAAAGUACAUAGAAUGGCCAAGCUUUCAGAGCACGCUAAAGACUGCGACUCUCACUCUUCUUCUUGUUGGGCUGCUCAUAAUUGCGUUGUCCUCCGUUGAUUCUGCUCUCUAUUAUAUACUUGCUUUGCUGUCAAGGAGGCGUGCUUGAUUCAGGUCUCUCUGGUAAGAAGAGAGAGUCGCCGGCCGGCAUCCCGUUAUAAUUUAACAGGGGCCAUUAACGUCUCAGGGGCAUAAAUCAGAUUGGCUGCGAAGCUUGCUCCUUGUAAAAGCAUGGCAAUUACACUAUGAUGGGUAGGUGAUAAGAGGCAUACAUAAACCAGAAGAUUGUUUUAUGGCUAAAACGAUUCCGUGUACAAUUUAUGCUUUGAGAAAGGAUUUGGUGACCAUUUUCCUUCA